AAGAAUACGUUUUUCUGCGCUUGCGCAACAUUCAAAAACAAUAGCGGAAGGAAAGUGUUUCUUUGGACACCCUCUGUUUGCAUGAAACUUUACAUUUCAAUUUGCAAAAGACAUAAAUGUACGUUAUUUUUUGUUUUAUACACUUCAAGUCCAUUCAGGCUCUCGUGUUCUUCCUCACGGUAGUUUGUAUUUGGACAGUUUAUGCUGUCUGUCUGCACAGGUGUUAAAAAUGACGGCAUUAACAUCGACACAGCAAACAAGAGAUUCCGAUAAAAGUCAUGAAGAUAAAUAAGUGGUUUGUUUAAUGUUCGUUAUUAUCUAUGAAAGUUAUUUAAACUGAGGCAGUAACGUGAUGCAAAACUCAGAGUCAGGCAGAGCUGAAGAGUGUGAAGAGACGCUGGUUUUCUUUGACCUGGAGACAACUGGACUAGGUCAGAGCUGUGAGAUUGUCCAGCUGGCUGCAGUGAGUGGAGGUCACUCACUCAACCUCUACAUCAUCCCACGCAGUCGAAUGCAGCGAGGAGCAGCCAAAGUGACCGGCUUCAAAGUCCGCAAGCACAGACUGUACCUCCACCGCCAGCUCGUCCUCACUAACUCCCUGAGAGAGGUCCUCGUCGCCUUCAUAGCUUUCCUACAAAUGCUCAGACGCCCGCUCGUCAUCGGCCACAACAUUCGCCGCUUCGACUGCCGCCUGCUGGCUCGAGCUCUGGAUGAACUUGACCUCAGAGCAGAGUUUGACUCCUCAAUCUCCGGUUGUGUUGACACUCUGCCACUGGCUCGAGAGAUGCUGAAGGACCGCAGCCUCCAGAGUUUCCGACAGGAGAAUCUGGUCAGGGAGCUGCUAGGUGUGGACUACAAGGCCCAUGAUGCUUUGGAGGAUGUGCGGGCGUUACAGGCUCUGUACAGUGUGCUGAAGCCCACAUCAGAGUUGAUCUGUAAGCACAGGUUUACUUUGGACACCAUGCAGAACAAACCUGUGAAAGCCUGCAAAUCUAAAGUGGCCUCUAAGCCUCCACAACAGCGCCCCCUGUGGGAGCACUUCAGACAGGCAGUGAAGCUUACAGAGAGCAAAGCAGAGGGGCAUGAUGGAGAACCGAAUGGAUCAUAGAACUUUUUCUACAUGACUUUUCAUAACCAGAUCCUUACACAGAAGACUGGAACCCUUCACAGCCGGGUCACUGGUGUUACACAUGCAAACCCAGAGAGAAGAAAGUUCCAUCAAAUGAAAACAAAGGACAACAGUGCAAACGAGUAAAUCCAGCAGCAGCUUGUGGAGCCUUUGGAGAGGGGAGGGAAGCAAACAGAAACAAUGCACACAGUUCUACUUCAGUCAAAUACAGCUCUUAAAUGAGGCUGUGAGGGCUUACAGAGGUCUUCUACAGGCUUUGUAAAUCCUGAGUCUCUAACCUGUAGACUUCAGUCUGCUAAACAAUGCACUUUAAUUUAAUACAGACUGGUUGGAGACUUGGGUCUGUUGCUGCUGUACUUGUGGAAUCUUUGUUAAUAAUUUGAGGGGAUCUUCAGACAACUGUCUGCUGCUUCUUCACCCUUUAUUAGAGAAUCAACUAUCAGGCAGGCUGUCUUUAUCUCUGAGAAGCUUAUCUCUACAAAACGACGAGGUUCAGAUAUCUAUUUCUACAAUUUCAAACAGUCCAAAUAUAAAUAUUAACCAGCAGACUUUAAGUAUGUCUCCUACUUCACUUCAAGCCUGGGGGCUUGAUUUUUAUUCACCUCUGUGUGUUAUAAAAUUCAAUGUAAAUGUGUUAUUUAUCUUCUAUCGUGAAUUCCUUAAAAUGUUUUGAUCAGUCCAACAGUUUAUUUUAUGAAAGGAAAUAAAUGUGUUAAUAAAUAAAUUAAGGUUGUCAACA